AUGGAGGGAAUGACACCGCCUAACAGCAAUUCUCAAACAUCCAACGAAAGUCAACCGACAUAUUCCGUUAAUUCUCUUCCUUCGGAAGUCCCCUUCUGUCAAUAUAAGUCAUUAUAUUGGUCUCCUCAACUCACUCGUCAGUCUAUGUAUUGUACACCCUGUUGCGACGACGAAGAUGAUUCGUAUCAUGUCAACGAAUCUGACGAAAUGUUUUACACAAAUUAUCUGACAAAAAUAAACACAAAUGUAAGAACGGAUAACGAAGUAGUCCGUCAGCCAUCAAACAACAAGAUAGCUGAUGAACGUCGCAGACGAAAAAAGAGUGUGUUUGCUUCAAGAUUACGGCUAACAUCGAUUAUACUGAUGUCAAUUGGCUUUGGAAAAUCCUCACUCUUUAUAGUGCCGUAG